AUGAAAGAAGAUCAAAGAAAUUUAGAUACAAAUGGUGGAAAUGUAAGAAGACAUAGAUCCAUGCAAAGAUUAUCAAGAUCUAAUGCUGGUGAAACUCAAGACGACGAAGAUUUAUUAACGGGAUCCAUGGUGGUGCAAGAUUCAGAAGGUAAUCUACGUAUAACAGUUAGUAAAACUAAACCAAUUUUAGGGAUAGCCAUUGAAGGUGGUGCCAACACGAGGCAUCCUCUACCAAGAAUAAUAAAUAUUCACGAAAAUGGUGCUGCUUACGAAGCAGGAGGCCUUGAAGUGGGACAAUUGAUUUUAGAAGUUGAUGGACGUAAAGUUGAAGGUAUGCAUCAUCAGGAAAUAGCACGUCUUAUAGCAGAAUCAUUUGCAAGAAAAGAAAGACAAGAAAUCGAGUUCCUAGUCGUCGAAGCCAAGAAAUCUAAUUUAGAACCUAAACCUACAGCUCUGAUAUUUUUGGAAGCGUAA